GUGGUGGCGUCCGGUAUGGCGGAGGCGGCGGCCGUGGCGGCCGAGUGCCCUGCGGGUGGCCGGGCGCGGGCGGCGCGCGCCGUGCUGGAUCAGGUGGUGCUCCCGGGUGAGGAGCUGCUGCUGCCGGAGCAGGAGGACGCGGACGGCCCGGGAAGCGCCGGGGAGCGGCCGCUGCGCCUGAAUGCCGGGGCGCGCGCCCGGGUGCGCGUCGUGUGCGGCCCGGGCUUGCGGCGCUGUGGCGACCGCCUGCUGGUCACCAAGUGCGGCCGCCUCCGUCACAAGGAGCCCGGUGGCGGCGGCGGCGGCGGCGGCAGCGGCGUGUACUGGGUGGACUCGCAGCAGAAACGGUAUGUCCCAGUGAAAGGAGACCAUGUGAUUGGCAUAGUGACAGCUAAAUCUGGAGAUACAUUCAAAGUUGAUGUUGGAGGGAGUGAGCCUGCUUCUUUGUCUUACUUGGCAUUUGAAGGUGCAACUAAAAGAAACAGACCAAAUGUGCAGGUUGGAGAUCUCAUCUAUGGCCAAUUUGUGGUUGCUAAUAAAGAUAUGGAACCAGAGAUGGUCUGUAUUGACAGCUGUGGACGAGCCAACGGAAUGGGUGUGAUUGGACAGGACGGUCUGCUUUUUAAAGUGACUUUAGGCUUAAUUAGAAAGUUGCUAGCUCCCGACUGUGAAAUCCUACAGGAAGUGGGAAAACUCUACCCACUGGAGAUAGUAUUUGGAAUGAAUGGAAGAAUAUGGGUUAAGGCAAAAACCAUUCAGCAGACCUUAAUUUUGGCAAACAUUUUAGAAGCUUGUGAACACAUGACAGCAGAUCAAAGAAAACAAAUCUUCUCCAGAUUGGCAGAAAGUUGAUCUGUGUGGCCUUUCUUAUGGGUCAGUUGAGCCAAGAGACUAUGGGUUUCCUGGGGAAAAUUUUUUUCAGGUGAACUUCUAUUAAAUCUUCAGAAGGCAAGAUAUGAAUGUACAUAUUGUCUUAUUAGAGUCUUAAAAUAUUUUUAUAAAAAUGUUACUGGUUGCCAUCCACGUUCUUGUGGGUGAGGUGAAUCAUAAAAUAAAUAACGAUGUAUUUUUUUGUUCUUUACAAUAAAGUUUACUAAAAGUA